AUGAGCUUCCUUGGGCAGCAAUGCUGCUGCUGCUACUACUACCGCUGCUACUACUACCACCGCCACUACUACCACCGCCACUACUACCACCGCUGCUACUACCACCACCACUACUACCAGCAUCUGUAUGUUCCAGGGUUCCUGUCCAAGAUGAAUUACUUAACGGUUCCCGAGGAGAUCCGGAGGGAGGCUGAGCUUCCGGUCCCUCAGCCAGUUAUUCCAGCCCCCUCAGCAGCUACCCCAGUCAUACCGCAUACCAGGUCUAGCCAUUCUAAGCACCUAUCCCGAAGUUCCCACACUUCAUGGGGCCGUGUAAGCCUAAAGAGCAAGACCUCUCGAAGUAGUAGCCGAAUUCAGCCAUCUUACACCUCCAUGGGCCAAGGCUGGGAACUUGAUCGCCGUGCAAAACCUAGAAGGGCCAGGGUCCAGCGUGCCCACAAGAAGCAGAUGGCAGCUGACGAGCUUUUACAGAAGUGCUGUGGCAAGGUCCUUCUAGGUCUCCGCCGUAUCCGGUCCAUGCUUGCCAUCAUGGUCGACAGCCUCAUCUUUGAAAUCUUCAUCUUCACUGUGGUCUGUUUUAACACCAUCGUCCUGGUGGUCCAGACUUUCGCCGAGGUAGAGAUCUGGGGAGAAUGGUACUUCACAGCUUUAGACUCGAUCUUCCUCUCCAUCUACUUUAUGGAAGCUGUCCUAAAAAUUAUGGUCCUGGGACUUGGCUACUUUGAUUAUUGGAACAGCCUAGAUUUCUUCAUCAUGAUCAUGGCUGCGGUGGACUUCAUACUCAAGCAGAUCUACUUCUCCUCUGCCCAGAGGAUGGCCCACAGCAAAACUGUCUUCCGAAUCCUCAAGAUCUUCAAAAGCCUUCGAGCCCUGCGGGCUGUCAUGGUGCUGCGGAAGCUCAGCUUCCUCAACAGCCUCCAGGAGGUGACAGGGACUCUGGCCAGGUCGCUGCCAUCCAUCGGGGCCAUCCUCGUGCUGAUGUUCACCUGCCUCUUCUUCUUCUCCGUGAUACUUCGAGCCCUGUUCAACACUUCAGACCCCAAGCGCUUCCAGAACAUCUUUACCACCAUCUUCACCCUUUUCACUAUGCUCACUCUGGAUGACUGGUCCAUCAUUUACUUGGACAGCCGGGCAAAAGGUGCCUGGUAUAUCAUCCCCAUCCUCAUGGUCUACAUUAUUAUACAAUACUUCAUUUUCCUCAACCUAGUGAUUGCAGUGCUGGUGGAUAACUUCCAGAUGGCCCUACUCAAGGGACUGGAAAAGGAAAAGCAGAAGAAAGUGGCCCGGAUGCACGAGAAGCUUCUGGAUGAGUCUCUGACAAACCUCGGCACAGAACAUGAAGAGAAGAUGAGUGACACCUCUCUACAAAUGCAGAUAAUUGAGAAAAAAUAUGGAGACCUGACUUCCAAACAACAGGACAAAAUGUUCCACUACCUGCAGCUGAUGGCCGCCGUGGAGCACCACCAGCAAGUGUUCCGCUCGCAGGCGGCUGUCAUCGAUGAGAUCAUCGACACUGUGUUCGAGGUUGGAGAAGAAGAUUUCAAGAAGUGAAGUCACCGAGUGACUGGAAGAAAGGACAGUCCAGGCUCUCCUGGCCUUGGGGACAGACAAGGACCCAGGGCUGCCCGGGAGCCCACCUUCCAAUAGAGUCCUGAAGUCUAUUUCU